AUGGGCAUUCCGAUCGAAAGCGGGAUGGACCGGACCAAGUCGGCCACCUUCUCCUGGUGGAUCGGCAAGAUCGGCAACGCCCAGCUCGGGCCCAUCUAUCUGGGCUUUCUGGGCGUCGCCUCGCUGGUCACCUUCACGAUCGGCUUCGUCAUCAUCGGCCUGAACUACUGGGUCCAGGUCGACUGGAACCCGGUGCGUUUCGUCCUCGAAAUGCCUUGGCUUACGCUCGACCCGCCGCCGCCCGAAUACGGGCUGAAGGUCAUGCCGCCGCUCAACGAGGGCGGCUGGUGGCUGAUCGCCGGCUUCUUCAUCACCACAUCGAUCCUGUUGUGGUGGGCCCGGAUGUAUCGGCGUGCGGUGGAACUCGGCAUGGGGCUUCACGUGCCGGCGGCCUUUGCCGCCGCGAUCUGGCUUUAUCUGGUGCUCGGCUUCAUCCGCCCGAUCGCCAUGGGCUCGUGGAGCGAGGCCGUGCCGUUCGGCAUUCUGAGCCAUUUGGACUGGACCAACAACUUCUCGCUGAUCUGGGGCGGCAGCCUGUUCUGGAACCCGUUCCACAUGCUGUCGAUCGUGUUCCUGUACGGAUCGGCCCUGUUGUUCGCCAUGCAUGGCGCGACCAUUCUGGCGACCAGCCGUUACGGCGCCGAGCGCGAACUGGAACAGAUCACCGACCGGGGCACGGCCGCCGAGCGCGGCGCGCUGUUCUGGCGCUGGACGAUGGGCUUCAAUGCGACGAUGGAGUCCAUCCACCGCUGGGCCUGGUGGUUCGCCAUGCUGUGCGUCUUGACCGGCGGCAUCGGCAUCCUGCUCACCGGCACGGUGGUCGACGACUGGACGGCCUGGGGCAUCAAGCACGGCAUCGUGCCGGAGGAUGCCAGCUGGUGGCCGAUCACGCCGGAUUCGACCCGGUCGUCCUGGGGAGACGGCAACUGA